AGUAUUCCUUUUAGACAAAGUACUCUCUCUACUGGACGAUUUGGCAAGAUAUUUGGUCAAGUGAUCAUUUUUUUCUGGGACGUGUGCGUCUAUACACAUUUGGUUAUAUCAAUUAAUCGAUUCGUGGCAAUUUCCAUGCCAUAUCGUGCGAAGUCAUUUCUCACUACGAAGUGCACCUGCAUCCUCACUGCUAUAGUAUGGCUGAUUUCCUUCUGCCAUGUAAUUCCGUAUUUCUGGGAGGAUACGUGUUACGUUGUCUACGACACAGAGCUUUGGGUAUGGGUAUUUGCUGACACACCGUGUGGUCAUGCUAUUUCUCAUUACACCGAUCUCUAUACUGGCUGCACAUGGUGUGCAGUUAAAUUGGUUCUUGACAGUAUUACUGCCAUCAAGAUAAAGAUGAAUAAUAAAGUAAGCUGCUUCGCCUCGUCAAAGAAUUGUCCUUUGUCAAAGACUAGCAAUGACUGGCGGUUUCCCAGAUGCAUGCACAUGGUACUUGUGAUGCUUUGA